CGUACUUGGUCUUGCAGAACCGGUUCCACUCACCCGUAUAAUCGUCUAGGUUCGCAGUGACAAGCAGUAUGACAGAUCGCUGGAUUAAAAUCUCCGAUCAAUGAUUGGCGACGAUUUUGUGGUCCAAAAUACUUGCAUAAAAAGGAUAUACAGGGUAGAGGAAUUUCGCUGGACUUGAGGUAUACAGCCAACAUCGGGAAAAUACACAGAAAUAUCAGAGUGAAUGAAUCGUAGUUGUUAAAUUAUAAUUGUGUCAGUCGCAUGUGUACUGCGUGAUUUUUCGCUCAAAUGAAUUUCAUACAGAGGAUCAAUUUUCGUAUCAUUUAACCGAACGCAUUCUGAAUAGUACUUAAUGCGAUAUUAGUGAAAAGACAUAAAUUAUAAAAUAUCAACAGCUUCAAAAUUUAACACACAGACAAGGAUAAUGUCAGCCAAGCGGAGCGCCCGCGCGUCAGAGUCCGGAAGCGCGCAACAGAAGCGCGCCGCGUGGAGCACACAGGCGUACACAGUGGAGGAACUCCUGGGACAAUUCAGCCUCCCACAGAUCGUCAAGUGUAACCCCCAGGCCAUCCUCGUGCGCAAGGACGCGCCACUUCCGGUUAACCUUGGUCAGCCUAUCCUGUUGUUCGACUCGCGGACCGUCCGGAAGCUGCUAGCGCGUAACGUGGUAGUGGAUCCUGCAACCGGCAAGUUUACGGAAAAUGAGGACACUGUCACCAUACCGAAGGAUUACGAUGGAGCUUUCCUGCGUCUGCGGUCGCGGACGUCCAAGGAUCACACGACCCACAAGAGUAUCGAGUCCCUGGCGACCAGUGGCAUCAAGGCCUUUCUGAAUCUCAACAAGAUAACCGCCUUUCGAGUCCUUUCCGGUACCAGUGGCGGUAUGGGCGAGUUCCCGCGUGUCGACUACCUACCGGGAAAUGUGUUCGCUAUUGACAGUGUGUUCAUGGGAACUGCGAAAGUCCGACAGGAAGGAAAGAUCGUUUUGCACCAAAAUAGUGCAUCAAAAGAGAUGAAAUACUUGAAGUGUAGGGAUGAUAAGGACAAUCACAUUGUGAUCCCGUUCCCCACAACGGGGGAGUUUGUGGAGAUCAUGCCUAACGAUUUGACAGGAACCGGAAGAAUGUCGGUUCGAAGCGAGGACUUGAUCGAUAAACAAAAGUUUCCUAUUAUUGUACGAUACAUUCGAGGUCGGUUCAAGCCUCGAUUAACCAGUUUUACUGGACUGUUUACUCUACUUGAUUCAUACGAAGAGACCACCAUUGUCGGCUGUGUUCUAGACAAGAACGGAUACACGUUCAUGGAACUUCCAGUCGAUUCGCCCUUGACCUUUCACCUAGCUCUAAACUUUUCCGAGCUUCAGAGCCAUCCAAUGGUGAAAAACGGCCUGCGCCUCUGUGACACAAACGGACACAAUUUUGCAAGAGACUUGAAAUUCAAAUUCAAGUUUGCGCAGCGAUUCCUGAACAUGGGACGCCAGCAACUUCCGCUAGACGCUGACGACCCCGGGGAGUCGCCUAGCGCGCGGAACAGCGCCAAGGGCUUCGGUGUUACCACGACAUAUAUCUACGUUUGAUAUUAUGAAUAAUUAAUCUAUGACGGUAUUACCAAAGUUACAAACCAUGAGCUUAAUGUGUAAUUUUCUACGCAUUGCUGAUUCGAACAGUAUUCAAUAUAGACAGUCAUCGUUAGAUGGCACACCUUAUACCGGAUCUAUUUUCUCUUGUAUAAUAUCAUAUUUUCGUAAAGGUACUUGAUUUCAUCCAGUACAAUAUUUCAUGAAACUGAGUUUUCCAUGGUUCGUCAGAUUUCUAUUCAUUGCUUAUUCAUAAGUACUGAACUAAUAUUUGAAUUGUAUAGAAUCCAUUAAAUAGAUAGUCCCAUUGAAAACAUCCAGGCUUCUCUGUAUGAUUGUAAAUGUUUGUAAUCCAUUAGGCGGAAUGCUUUAGUUAAUACCGUGUUAAAAUGCUAUAAUUAUAUAUGUAUUGACUAAAGUGUAUACCAGUAUAUAAAAUGUUUAUAGACGGA